AAUAUAUUUGGAAAAUUUAGAGAAUUGCUCUGUUUUCUCAUUGCCAUCUUGUUCCGUAAUUUAAUUUUUAAAAGAAUCGUAUUUUAAUCUAAUUCUUGUGCUACUAUUCCGACUCUGAAGUGUUUCUGAACCCGAUAAUAUAAUUUCAUGUGGGAGUUAAUUCUGACUGAAUCGUAGAUGGUACAUCCUGAUCUUUAAUUCAGUCUCAAAAUCCCCAAGUGAGCACUUGAAAUGCUUCAGUGUACAAAGCUACAGGCCAAGUGCCCGAAAAUGAGGUUAAACUAAAUGGAUAAUUGAUGACCAGCGCAGACAGAAUGGGCUGAAGGGCAUUUUUCUGUGCUGUAAAACUUCCGUGACCUUUCUGAACUGAUCAAAUAAAACUGGUGGAAGACCCUGGUCAGAUCAGUUGGAGAAAACGAACAUGCGCAUGAAUUAACUGGUGUAUAAUAUGUUGCUAUUCAAACCGGGGAUUCUUUGAUUUUCGGUCCAGCCAUUGAUGAGAGUGUACAGAGAACAUUAUGGAUGGCAUGUCCCUGUGCUGGGUCAGUGAUCACACUGGCUUCCGUGGCACAAUUAAAAAUUCUGCCAGUGACUUUGUGGUGACUGAGAUCAAUAUGCAUGGGCAGCUAGUCAGUGACAUUGAAGCAGAUUGCAGCCAGGAUUUUGAUAACAUUGAAAGUGAGCAAGAAAAGGCUCAUCUGAUACAGAAGAAGAGAAUGAAGAAACCAGAAAAAGCACUGGUGACAUUUUCUGGUUUGCCAAUCUUUGACAAAUUGAAGGAUUCCAACGUUGUGCACGGCAAGAUUAACCAGACUGCUGACAGCAAUUUACCUGAAUCUGCAGCUAACUGUCCUUCACUGCAAGAAUUGGAAAUCCAGGGAGGUACCUUGCAUUUGCUUUUGGGUAGAUCACUGUCAGAAAAGCUGGAAAAAUUUGCGUCCUUGGCUAAGGAAAGUAAGGCCGCUGAACAAGAGGGGACAGAAGACAAAGCUAGUCUUUUACUUGGAACCUUUGAAGAGAAAUGCCAACGAGCGGCCAUUCAUUUGGCUGUUCGGCAGAAAUUUCCUUUCCUAAAGACUGUUACCAGCCGCAGCGAAAUCGAGGUCAGGCUUGACCCUCAGUAUUCGGAGCUUUGCCAGUUAGUGUCUGAGGCAGAAGCCAGCGGGUUCUUCGCUUUCUUAGAUUCAAGAGAUAGAAGUUCCAAGUUCACAUUUCAGUCCGAUCGGAAUAAGGAGCACCGGAAAGCCAUCCACCAUUUUGUCAGCAAAUACUUUGGGAAACUGGUGGAAACGAAAAGUUUUUUGGAGCAAGAUGGCAGCAGUGACAAAGCUGCAGUAAUUACUGUGAGAUUUAGAGAUAAAAUCACAUCAGGCAGGAAACGAAAUGCCAACGAUUGCCAGGCAGUGCCAACAACUUACACAGCAUUUACCUUGUGUAAGGUGAACAUGGAAACCCUGGAAGCAAUUGCUUGCCUAGCAUCAGAGCUUGGUGUGGUGGCAUCAGAUUUCAGCUACGCGGGCAUCAAGGACAAAAAAGCUAUUACUUCCCAAUCGAUGGUGGUAAAGAAUGUGACAAUCAACAGGUUAAAAGCAAAGCAACUGUCAAUCCAGAGCCAAGGGCUGAAAGUGUAUAACCUGCGUCGUGUAACUGAGCACCUACGGAUUGGCCAGCUGAAAGGAAACCAUUUCAGCAUCAUCAUCAGACAUGUCAGCAAGCACCAGGAAGAUGAUCCUAACACGAGUCUUACUGAUCAAGUGUUUGAAGCAAUUGAGAAUGUCAAGGAGAAAGGAUUUGUGAACUACUAUGGACCUCAGCGAUUCGGCCUAGGACAGAAUGUUCAGGCAGAUCAAGUUGGUUUAGCUCUUCUCGAGGGAAAAUUGGUGGAGGCUGUGCAUUUAGUCUUUACACCUGAAGAAGGAGAUGACCCUGUCAAUCAGGCCAAAAGACAUUUUAUUCAGACUGGGGAUGCCAAAGGGACACUUGCUUUGAUGCCAGAGUACAAAACGAGGGAGCGUAUGAUGUUGCGUGCAUUAAACCGCUAUGGCAACAAUCGGGAGGGUUGUGCCCGGGCAUGGCUUAGUUUGCCACAUUCCAUGCGUGUACUUUAUAUCCACUCGUAUUGCAGUAAGGUCUGGAAUAAAGCUGCAUCUUUUCGCUUGAAAACUUACAACCUGAAAGUUGUAGAGGGAGACUUGGUUGCCUGUGAUAAUCUCGAGUGGGAUCCAUCGAAUCAGAAUAGUUCUCAGGUGCACGUUGUGACAACUGAAGAUCUGAAGUCAAACAUUUACUCCAUUAACCAAGUUGUUCUACCAAUACCUGGUAACAGUGUCCAGUAUCCACGCAACAAACUGGCAUUGUGGUAUCAAGAAACUUUGGCUCGGGAUGGACUGAAGGAAUGUAAGUUUAGAAUCCCUGCACUGCAACUGAACAUUCCUGGGUGCUACCGGCGCCUCCUAGCACAGCCUCAGCAACUGCAGUUUUGGUGGUUAGAGGACAAGGAAGCUCCUUUUGCAAAAGAAGGCUGUGAACUUGUAACUGAUGACUCCAAACAGCCUCACAAAGUGAGAGACUCUCUUUCUGUGUCCUUCAGCCUGAAUUCGUCAUGCUAUGCGACAGUCUGUUUGAGAGAAAUCAUGAAAUGCAAUGUGUAAUUCUUUACAAUUUAUUUUAUUAAAGUUAGCCAUAGCCUGCCAAUCUUCCAUAUUGUUACAGAAGGUCAGAAUGCGUUUUGGAUAUUUGUUUAUCUGUGAAAGCCACUCAAGAACAAUUGAUGUAUUUCUAUGUACCACUGUUCAUACAGUUGAAGCUGUUACAAAUUUAUUUGGUCCAUCAACGUGGGAGAGUGGCAGUGGUCAGAGGAAUCAUGGUGGACGACAGUCCCAGAUGUUGAGAAGGCAUGAGGGGCGUGGAAACUUUCUUCCAGAAACGUGGGGCCAAUCAUAAGAGGAAUGCUCUGUCUGCUGCCCGUCCCAACAUUUGCGCAAGGUCUGAAAGGUUCCACCCUCUCUCCUAGAAAUGGCGCAAUACUAAAGGAAGACAGACAGCAAGAAAAAUAGAAGGAGAAAGCUGUAGGAAAAGACUCAAAUUGCAGGUGAUACAAGCCAAGUUGAGGGAGCUUAUUAAAUAUAUAUUUUAGGCAUGGAAUCUUUGUCUUUUGGCUGUUCAUAGUGUAAAUUUGUUAAGUUUCACCCCAGAGAUUGUUACAGGUCUUGGCCGAUCGAACAGUUGGUUUAGAUAGAGCAACGUUAUCUUGAAUACUGACAGAUUUUCACAGCAUAAACUAGGAGUGGCCCGUGUUACCUGCUCCUGAAGUUUAAGGUGUCCUCCUGCUCUGUAUUCCUAAUAUUUAGAAUUAGCAGAUAUAAAACGUGUAUGUAU